GCAGCAACAGAAUAAGAAAUUUCAAGCAUGGCGGAUGUCGACGAAGCACGUUUUAUGGAUGCAGAUGAAGACAUUGUAGCUAAUGUAAGAGAUGAGCCCAGAAAAACAAUUCCCACGAAAGGAAAAUAUGCAGAGAAAAAAAAGGCUGCUGUUGAGGAAGAUGAUUGGUCUGGAAACGACGACGAAUACGAGGAAAACAGCGACGAUGCGUAUGAUGACUGGGAGGACAAUUACGGAUUCAAAACCGGCAAUGUUACAACAGGAGUGGUUCAUAAAAGUGGAACUUCACAAAAUAAGCUUAAAGCAGCUCUGCAACCGCAGGAGAAACAAUUCGGCAAGUUUUUGAAUAAAAUAAGUGUCAGUGAGUUCGUUGGUCCAAGAGAAGGUGGUAGUUUGGCUAAAGGUGGAACAAAGAAAGAAUUUGAAAGGCGUACCAAAGACAAAGCAGACAGAGCAACUGUUGAACAAGUACUGGAUCCCAGAACGAAGAUGAUUUUGUUUAAAUUACUAAACAGAGGUUUUAUCAAAAGUAUUAAUGGAUGUAUCAGUACAGGGAAAGAAGCUAAUGUCUAUCACGCUAGUGGGCCUAAUGGUGAAGACAGAGCUGUUAAAAUUUACAAGACUUCAAUAUUGACAUUUAAAGACAGAGAUAAGUAUGUUACAGGAGAGUUCAGAUUUAGGCACGGGUAUUGCAAGAGUAACCCACGGAAGAUGGUUAAGACAUGGGCAGAAAAGGAAAUGAGAAACCUUACUAGAAUGUUCAACAAUGAAAUACCUUGCCCAGAGCCAUAUUUACUGCGAAGUCAUGUCCUUGUUAUGGAUUUCAUUGGCUGUAAUGGUUGGCCGGCACCUUUAUUAAAAGACUGUGUGAUAUCUGAAUCAAAAUCAAGAGAACUCUAUAUGCAAUGUGUACGCCUAAUUAGGGAUCUGUAUUGGAAGUGUAAAUUAGUCCAUGCAGAUUUGAGUGAGUUCAACAUGCUUUUUAACCAAGUCAUUGACAAGCUUUACGUCAUAGAUGUUUCCCAGUCAGUUGAGCAUGACCACCCAGCUGCCCUCACAUUUCUUCGCAAAGAUUGCACAAAUAUCAAUGACUUUUUCAGAAAACAUCAUGUAAGUACAAUGACAGUGAAAGAGCUAUUUGAGUUUGUCACAGAUCCUACAGUUAACGAUGAGAAUAUUGAGGAAUACUUGGAGAAAAUCCAAGAGAAAGCUGUUAAUCGCAGUGUAGAAGACGUCACUCAACAAGAUUUGGUGGAUGAAGAAGUAUUCAAAAAUGCAUUCAUACCAAGAACUUUAGAUGAAGUAAUAGAUUUUGAGCGGGAUGCUAUGAAAGCACAAGAUGGCACUUCCGAGGAUGUUUAUUACCCUAUGGUGACUGGAUUGAAACCAGAUCUAUCUGGAGCCAAGGAUCAUCCCAGCAUACUUGACACAGAAAGGGGAGAUGAAAGCAAAAUGGAAGAGAUAGAAGAUGAAGAUAUGUCUGAUGAAGCAUCAAGUGCUGAGUCAAAUGAUGAAGACACUGGCAGUGGUAACGAAAUAAAAACAGAGGAAGAAAUGUCAAGAAAAGAACACAAGAAGAUAGUGAAAGAACAAAACCGGGAAAGAAGAAAGAACAAAAUGCCUAAACAUGUGAAGAAAAGGAGGGAGAAAAUUGGAAAGACAAGAAAACCUAAGAGAUAAGUGUAAAAUGUUGCGUUUCUAAGUUUGGACGAGAAAUAAAAAUUAUCUGGUUUAAAUUAGAGAACUAAGACCCCGUUUACACUGUCCCGUGCAAGUUUGGAACCGUGACAAAACUGUCGCGGUUUGCCCUUCCGUUUACGCUAGCACUGUGGAACCGAGACGAUUUUGCUCUGCUAUCCGGAACAGUUUUGUUCUUGCUUUGAAGGCGAACGAAUUUUAUACCUUCACGGUUCCGUUUUUAAACGGGACAAUGUAAACACCUAUCCGAGACAAUUCUGUCGCAGAUUCACAAUGAGGUCUUUUGUAUGGCUGCUUCAGGUAAUCGAGGCUUUGAUUUUGGCGGAUUUUUUAGACAAGGAAAUUGUCAAGAUGGCUGUUGAAAAUUCAAUCUACGUUUUCAAAUUCCUUAUCGCCAUUUUAAAACAAGUGGCAGCGAUCGAUGGGCUGAAUAUCUAGCAGCCAUUUACGAUGGUUGCCACCGUCUUUGACAACGCUUUUCAACUCUUAAGGAUAAAGAAAAAUUCUGAAGAAAAGAAGACGAAUUCGAAGAUUCUGGACAGUUUUGUCUCCGUACUUAUUUUUCAUUUUCUCCCAGUCCAAGCCUUGAUUGCCUCGAUUGACGAAAUAUAGCCUCCUUUAAACAAUGUUUGACCAUUGAAUUUACGUCGUACCGGUACAGUGUAAACCGAACGACUAAACGGAACAAUUUGGAACAGCGACAGUGUAAACACUUGCGAACCGUGACGGUACAAAAUUAUCCCGGGACAGUGUAAG